GAGUUUCCGCGUAGAGAGAUGAGACUGAGGGGAACUAUUAAGGGCGGGGGGCAGAGUGGGGGUCAGAAGAAAAUAAAGGAAAGAGAAAAUUAGACAGAGAAAGGAAGAAAGAAAGAGAGAAAUGAAAGGAAGAAAGCUUGUUUGGUUUCGUUUCCUGAAAUCUGAACAAUAAAAUAAAACGCUUCCUUUGACAACAUCUCUCCCUUCCCCUCCAAGAAUAAAAAUCUUGCUUUCUCUUUGACGUUUCACACACGUCUCUGUUCACACCACCUUCACAAAUCCCUCUCAACUUCACCAUAUACCCCUUUCUCUCUCUCUGAUUAUCUGAUUAUUCAUUCGGAUCUUGCUUUGUUGUGCGAAUCAAAUCAUCUUUUUAUCGAUAAAUAUAUAUUAUAUAGCAGGGAAUUUGGAGUUGUGGGGUUUCGAAAGGAAGGGAGCAAGCAAGGGUAAUAUACCCAGAUAUGGAUCAGGGGGCACAUCAUCAUCAUCAUCAUAUGAGUGUGAGUAUUGAUACGACUGGGGGUGACAGGUUCCCCCAGUGGAGUAUUCAAGAGACGCGGGAGUUCUUGAUGAUCAGAGCCGAGCUGGAUCAAACCUUCAUGGAGACAAAACGCAACAAGCUUCUCUGGGAAGUCAUCGCCACCAAGAUGAAGGAAAAGGGCUACAAUCGCAGUGCAGAACAGUGCAAGUGCAAGUGGAAGAAUCUCGUCACCAGAUACAAGGGAUGUGAAACGAUGGAACCAGAAGCCCUGCGGCAGCAGUUCCCAUUUUAUAAUGAGCUUCAGGCAAUUUUUGCGGCGAGGAUGCAGAGAAUGCUAUGGAGUGAAGCAGAAGGCGGAGCGGGCGGGUCGAGGAAGAAAGCUGGGCAUUUCUCUUCCGAGGAUGAGGAGGAGAAUGAAGAGAGCGAUGGCGAUAAGGGAACGGGUAGAAAGAAGAAGAAGAUUAAGGGCCAUACGAGUACUACCAGUGGAGGUGGAAGCAGCAGUGGUGGAAAUAUUAAUAAUUUGAGAGAGAUUUUGGAGGACUUCCUGAAGCAACAGAUGCAAAUAGAGAUGCAGUGGCAAGAAGCGUACGAGGCAAGGGAAAAGGAGAGGACAAUGAAGGAGAUGGAGUGGAGAAAGGCCAUGCAGAGCUUGGAGAAUGAGAGGAUAAUGAUGGAUAGAAGGUGGAGGGAAAGGGAAGAGCAAAGAAGGAUGAGAGAAGAGGCUAGGGCUGAGAAGAGGGAUGCCCUAAUCACUGCACUUCUAAACAAGCUGAGAAGAGAAGAGAACAUGUAGUAAUUUGAAGGCCGUAGCUGGGUAGCAAGCUGCUUGCUAGCUCCUUUGUUUUUGAUGUUUUGAAGAAGAGAAGCCUUGAGAGGUUUGUCUUAGAACUCUUGUUUAGGAAAUGCUUUUGUUUUGGUUCUUGUUUUUGUUUUUGCUUUCGUUUUCUUUUACUUCAUUCUCAUAUACUUUUUUCACUUCUUUAUUUGCUCCCUGAGGAUUCUUUAAUCAAUUUUCUGGUGAAAAAGAGUUUGAUCA